CCCAUAACUGAGUUGCCAGCCAGCCUGCCAGCAGUCUAACAAGCUUAAUUGAGCAGGAGCUUGCCGUAUAAACUUUACGAAAUGUGUUCCUGAAAGUUAACACAGGUGGCAAAAAGCACAGGCUAUAACGUAAAUCUCAGUUCAAUUCUUAAGUUACUCCGGCUACUGAAGUUCGAUUAUGUUGCAUUUUGACAAAUUUGUCGCCUGUUCAAGCAAUAACAACAUGCAACAAAGUAAGCACGCGGUGGCCAUUUGUACAUUGUCCGUACUCGAGUGCAUUUUAAUUUAUAAACCCGGCACAAUGGAGUUGAUCCAGUCAGUAUGGACUUGACUUUGAAAGAGAAAGCCGAGAAAAAUGGCACAUCCUCUUGGAGAUUCAAAUCCUAAGCUCUCAUGGCGUGAGAGGUUCAGAGCAUUUUUUGAAUACUUAAAAGAAUAUUGCGGAAAUUGUAGCUUAGUUGGAUUUUCAUACAUUGCUAAUCAGAACUUGCAUUGGUCAGAGCGCAUCUUCUGGCUGUUGUGUGUGCUUCUGUCAAUUGGUGGCGUUUCCUAUCUGAUUGUUGAGUAUCAACAAGACUUUUCUAAACAUGCCGUGAGUGUUAUCUACGAGAGUAUUUCAUCAUUUGCCCCCAUCCGAUUUCCCUCAAUCAGCGUUUGUCAACUUCCACCGAAGUACGAUUUUGGCGGAGGAUUUGAGGAAUACAUUCAGAGUUUGGGUGUUGGCAUAGGUGAGCCUUACAACUUUGAUGUGCACUCACAGAUGGUCUUCAUACUCUUUCCUGAUCGAUAUUCGCCAAAUACAAUAACGAAGCGUUGCAAACCAUACGAAGAUUGUGAAGAAUGCGCAAAAUGUCCAAAGAAAGAUUUCCGACUGUUGGCUGAACGAUUGGGCUUGAAUUGCACUGAUAUAUUCAAUUCAUGUAGUCUCUCAGGCAAAUCUUUUGAUUGCUGUCAGUACUUUCUGCCCAUGGUGACGCCUUCCGGCACCUGUUUCUUGCUCAACUCACUACAGAAUAAUUAUAAAGGCUCCGAGCACUGGUUUCCCGCAACCCUGGAUCGAAAUAAUCCCCCUGAAUUUCACAUGUAUCUGAAAAGAGCUGCGGUGCUCAGUUUGUUCAAUGAGGAGGAUCUACCAACUCUUUCAUUGCCAGCUGUCACCACCACCGCCUUGUUGGGCAUUCACAAGAUCUUUAAAUUCUACACAGAAGCCUUGGUAAACGAUCCCGAAAUUGUGGACAUUGCACCGGAAGCUCGAGACUGUUAUUUUCCUUAUGAAGUGCCGCCGUGGAGUGUUCACAAAGCGUAUAGUUUUAGUGCCUGCAUCAGCGAUUGCACCAGAUUGGCUCAAAUGGACAAAUGCAACUGCACGCUUUACAUCUUUAAUCCGUUUAACGAUACACGAUUUCCCGACUGUGACUUUGAGGGCUUAUUGUGCCUGGAGCGAAAUGGUGUGGUCAAACCGAAUAUUGCUUGGAUGAUGAAAUAUCGACAUCCAGUGGCAAAUUGUGAUUGCUUGCCAGCCUGCACAGAGUCCAAUAUUCAAGCCAUCUAUUCGCAAGAGCAAAUCGAAUAUCCUGGUGCUAAGGAUGCCAAUAUUACUGUUUCGAUGACAAUGUGGCCCACUAAUCAAUUUCAUCGCAUAGCACUUCGAACUAAGCUCGAUAUUGUGGUCACACUUGGAGGAAUUCUGGGACUGUUUCUCGGAGCCAGCAUUCUCAGCGUUAUCGAGAUUAUUUACUACUUUACAAUUCGAGCGGUAAACACAUAUCGUUUCGCACACAGACCAAAUUAGAGGAGAUCUCAAUUAUUACAUAUUUUGUU